UCCCAUAACCAAAUGUUUGCCGUAGAGAACGAUUCAUUGGCUUCUAACAAAAGCUUCUACAAUAUGCCUUUUGUAUUAUUUAGUCAAUUUCAAUAUCCACUAUGGUAAGUUUACUUUGUCAAGAGGGUUGUCUAUUGUUUGGCUCUUUUUUUCUUUCUUGUUUUACUCUUAUUCGUCUUUUUUCCUACUCUUUUAGCUUUCAACAUGCUCCGUUCUUCCUUUAAAACCCUUUUUUUUGCUAUACACAUAUGCAGGUAUUUGCUACUUCGGAUGACGUUUCUCAUCCCAAACUUGUCUAGUUUACCUUUUCUUCCCAUCUGAAAUUGGUUUCUUUGUUUUCAGCACUUUCUUUUCUUCUUCUUCUUCUUGCCUCGCCUCGAUCUCCUUGAUUUUCUCGUUUCUUCCUCCUUGGCGCAUCCUUCGUUUGCUUCAUACGUACUUCAUUAUUGAUUUAGGUAGACAUUCCCGAUUUCGCAAUCUGGUAUAAGCUAAUAUGGUUGAAUGCGUAAAUGCAAAACAGCGCAUUUUUACAAAUGUUACCGUUUUCUACAUAACGAACUAUCCUUUUUUGUCCUUAUAUACAUAUAAGGAUUUUAAAGAACAAUCGCUUAUGCUGUGUUUUUGCUGCUGUUGGGUGGGAAGAAUAUGAAUAGCAGGAAGAAGUAUGAAAAGCAAGAAAUGAUUUCUGAAUUGGCUGCGACAUCAAGCAUACCUUUGGACUUUGUUAAAUCUUCCAUUUCUUAUUUGUUUUUUUUUUUUAUUAUUUUUAAAUUAGAAACGUAAAAGAGUUUCAAGAAACGGAUUCUGCCUCUCUUGCUUUCGAAUAUGACAUACAUCGACAUUUGUCGUUUUCUUUAAUAAUCAUCUACUAACAGUAAUAGGAAUUGGCUAAAUGCUUUUUCGGAAGCCGUUUUUGGAAAGAGUAUUUCUUCUUUUUCUUUCGUCGUAGGAAAGACUCACUUUUCUUCCUUUUCUACUGUCGCUUUGAUCAUUACGGGAUACUAUGUGUCUAUCUUUGUGGGAAGUAGACUCAUGAAGUAUCGUUCUCCAAUUCGUUUAAAGAAGACUUUUCAGUAUUAUAACCUUGUGUUUUCCGUUUCCUCGGGAAUCCUUGCGUUGCUGAUCUUUGAACAAGUUGCUCCGAUGAUAUAUAAGCACGGAUUUUUCUUUUCCAUAUGUAACGAAAAAGCUUGGUCACAACCACUUCUUUUUCUUUACUAUUGUGCUUAUAUUUCAAAAUUUCUUGAACUUGCCGAUACUUUGUUCUUAGUCUUACGAAAGAAGCCACUUCAAUUUCUUCACUAUUACCAUCAUGGAGCCACCGCCUUUUUGGUUUACUCUCAAAUUGUGGGAAGAACUUCCAUCUCCUGGCUUAUAAUUGAAAUUAAUCUUUUGGUUCACGUGGUUAUGUAUUAUUAUUAUUACCUUGUUGCUAGAGGCAUUCGAGUGCCUUGGAAAAAGUGGGUUACCCGUUUUCAGAUUAUUCAGUUUUUUGCCGACCUAGGAUUUAUUUAUUUUGUUUUUGGAACUGAACUUUUAUACCGUUCGAAAAAUUACAAGUAUUGUAUGGGCCAUUGCUCUGGUGAUCCCUUCGCUGCUUUGUGUGGUCUUGUUACUAUUUCGUCUUACCUCGUUUUAUUUGUUGUCUUUUAUCGCAACACUUACAAAAAGAAUGCUGCUUCUAAGAAGGCAAAACAAAGUACUUCCUAUAGCGCUUCAGAUAAUCUUCAUCUGAAGGUUUUAUCUAAAAACAAUGCUACUUUAACCGAAUCCAGCUGUAGUACCUUUGUUAACAAUUUGGGCCCCAUCUCUCCAGGCUUAAGAAGGAACAAGUAAUUCACAACAUAAUCGAUUGAUUCCUUUCUGUUUUCAUAUCAUCUACAUGUCCUGAGUCAUACCAGACCGAUUCUUGCCUUAAUCUUUCGGUCUUAGUAUGCGUUUUAUAAAGGACAAACUUAUUUUCGUGAUGCUUGAGCAAAAAAUACCAAGGAAGAAUAAUAAGAGGAAAGGGUAUUGAGCUUUCUGAAGAACAACUCACUCUCUUGUUUAAACCAAAAAAGAAAAAUAUCGGACUUUUUGAAAACUUGCGUUUAACGAUUCUAGUACUUAUGUUAACAUUCGUACAAGGCUUGAGUCUACGCUGUAAUUGCUUUCCUUUUAUCAACGCCGUUAUUUUAAUUUGGUUAUUUCCUACCUAACUUAUUUGGUGUAGUCUCCUCUAAUGAAGUACUAUUUAGUGGAUUUGUUUCAUAUGUCUAAUAACCCGUAUGCCAACAAGUGCUGGAUAGUUGUUUUUCAAGACUGGAAGUUUGGUCUGUUUGCUUCAUAUUGUACAUAUUAUCAUUCCAAUCUAGGAAUUUUCUAAAAGUUAAUACUAUAAUAACACUUUCUUAUUUUGAAACUUA